AUGACCAGCGAGUGUUUAAUAAACCCGCUGUAUCUCAAGUUGCAGCUUUAUGGGUUGAAGGAGACAACGCUAAUUAAGGUUAUUCUAGACACAUACAGAUAUAUACAAAAGAAGGACACAGCCACAGCAUUCAAUAUUACUAUGGCUGCUAUGACCCUCUUCAGUAUCCACUACUUUUUCCAUUUGGAGAAACUGGAUGGCAUCCAGCAUGCUUUCAAUUUAUAUACAGCAGAAGAUUAUGAUCGCAUAGUUUCUGCAGAAAUACCUGAUGAAGCACAAAAUAAGCAUAUUUUUAGAAUGGUCAAGAAACAUAUGAUGCAUGGGCCAUGUGGUGAGAAAAAACCUGAUAAUAACGUAGAAAUUUGCUCCACAAUUAUGGCUGUGAAGUUUGUGUAUAAGUAUAUAUACAAAGGCCAUACAAGGAUACAUUUUCAAGUGAAUUCAGAUGAUGGAGCAAAUAUUGUUGAUGAAAUCAAAGAAUAUCAGUCAGCACGGUGGGUAUGUGCAGCUGAAGCAAUGUGGAGAAUAUACAGAUUUCAUCUUUAUGAAAUGCAGCCUGAUGAUUUUGCAAAAAGUCUCAAAUGUACCUACAAAGAGUUUCCUGAGCAUUUUGUGUGGUAUCCAAGUUCCAAAUCUUGGCAACCUAGAAAACAAAAAGAUUCUAUAGUCAAACUUGUUGCAGCAAAUCCCCUUGAAGGUGAACGGUACUUCCUAAAACUCCUUUUACUGCAUGUUAGAGCUCCAACUUCUUAUGAUGAUUUAAAAACUGUAAACGGAGUACAUGUUACUACAUUUCGCGAAGCAGCUGUGCUUAGAGGAUAUUUAGAAUCAAAUAACUCACAAGAUGAAUGUCUACAAGAAGCUGCUGUUUAUCAUAUGCCAUAUAGUCUAAGAAGGUUGUUUGCAACAUUGUUGGUAUAUUUUACCCCCUCAAACCCAAGAUCCCUAUGGCUGAAAUUUGAAGAAUCAUUGUCUGAAGAUUACAAUAGACUCCCAAACAUAACCAAAAAUGAUAUUCAAUUUAAAGUUCUGCAUCAAAUAAGCACUUUUUUAGAGUCUAUGAGUCGUAAUAUAAACAGCUAUGGACUGGUGCCAAGAGUACUCAAAUUUUAUGACUCAAACACAGAUACAAGAGAUACAAUUAGUGAAACAGAGAUUAAAGUUUCAGAGGAUGACUUGGUAUCAAUUACUAAACUUAAUCUUGGUCAAAAAGUAGCUUUUGAUACCAUAAUGCAGGCAUUAUACAUUAAAGGAAAAGGAUGUUUCUUUAUAGAUGGACCAGGUGGCACAGGAAAAACAUUUCUUUAUCGAGCAUUAUUAGCUGAAGUACGGUCAAAAGGCUUUAUAGCAUUAGCUACCGCUUCUUGUGGAGUUGCAGCAUCAAUAUUACCAGGAGGUAGAACAGCACACUCUCGAUUCAAGAUUCCAAUUGAUAUGAAUUCAGUUAACAUGUGUAAAAUUAGUAAACAAAGUGCACUUGCUAAACUAAUUCAAGCAGCUAAACUUAUCAUUUGGGAUAAAGCUCCAAUGGCACACAAAACUGGUAUAGAAGGUGUGGAUACGCUACUAAAAGAUUUAAUGGGUUCUUUUGAAUUAUUUGGCUAA